AUGGCACAUCUCAGUCAGCUGAGUGGCCGCUUCAACUCAACUUGUGUAGACAACUCCACGGGGCCCAGCUGGGCCCAUCCGCACGCCUACUACGCCCUGUCCUACUGCGCGCUCAUCCUGGCCAUCGUCUUCGGCAACGGCCUGGUGUGUGUGGCGGUGCUGAGAGAGCGAGCACUGCAGACCACCACCAACUACCUCGUGGUGAGCCUGGCUGUGGCCGACCUGCUGGUCGCCACCUUGGUCAUGCCUUGGGUGGUGUAUCUGGAGGUAACAGGUGGAGUCUGGAAUUUCAGCCGAGUUUGCUGCGAUGUUUUUGUCACUCUGGACGUCAUGAUGUGCACUGCCAGCAUCCUGAACCUGUGUGCCAUCAGCAUUGACAGGUAUACCGCCGUGGUCAUGCCAGUGCACUACCAGCAUGGCACAGGACAGAGCUCCUGCCGGCGUGUGGCGUUUAUGAUCACAGCCGUCUGGGUACUGGCCUUCGCCGUGUCCUGCCCACUGCUCUUUGGUCUCAACACCACAGGGGACCCCAGCGUCUGCUCCAUCUCCAAUCCUGAUUUUGUCAUCUACUCUUCAGUCGUGUCCUUCUACCUGCCCUUUGUAGUGACCGUGCUCGUCUACGCGAGGAUCUACGUGGUGUUAAGACAAAGGAGACGAAAACGGAUCCUCACGCGACAGAACAGUCAAUGCUUCAGUGUCAGGCCCGGCUUCCCCCAACAACCCCUCUCCCCGGGCCGAGCACACACAGAGCUGAAGCGCUAUUACAGCAUCUGCCAAGACACGGCAUUGGCACGGCCAGGUUUCCAAGAGGAAUCGGAGCUGAAAAGAGAAGAAAGGAGUCGGAACUCCCUCAGCCCAACCAUGGCCCCCAAGCUCAGCUUAGAGGUCCGGAAGCUCAGCAACGGCAGGCUGUCGACGUCUCUGAAGCUGGGGCCCUUGCAGCCUCGGGCGGUGCCACUCAGGGAGAAGAAGGCCACCCAGAUGGUGGCCAUAGUGCUGGGGACCUUCAUUGUCUGUUGGCUGCCCUUCUUCCUGACCCACGUUCUCAAUACGCACUGCCAAGCCUGCCACGUGUCCCCGGAGCUUUACAGUGCCACGACGUGGCUGGGCUACGUGAACAGUGCCCUCAACCCCGUGAUCUACACCACCUUCAAUGUUGAGUUUCGCAAAGCCUUCCUCAAGAUCCUGUCCUGCUAAAGGAGGAAAGACGCGAUUACUCCCUGUGCCCCUCUCUAGCUGCCAAGCUGCUGCGCCAC